GUUAGGUUCGUUUAGGUCUGUGCUCUAGGCGUUUAUUCGCCCGUUAGUACGCCUAGGAGCUUUAGGUCUUAGCUGGGUGUUAAUGAGUACAUGUACCUAAGUACCUCAUACGUCAAUCACCUCCCACUUCGGGAUCUUCAAAUCGAUUGAUGCGACUUUCUUUCUUAACACAACAUACUUCGUUUCGACCUCAUUUCUUACCUAAACAAAUCGCAAACAAAUAUCGAGGGUACUACUACCAGUAUCAUUAAGAAACGAUGGAAGAACCCCAAAUUACAUCGCCGGGGACAUCCGUCAUAAACCCCAAAGUCCUCAUUAUGAUGGCCGACUAUGGCCACGAUCCUACAGAAACUGCCGUCCCCUACACUGCGUUCAAGAAUGCAGGCUACGAUAUCAAGUUCGCGACCGAGAACGGAAAGCCGCCGCGAUGCGACAAGAAAAUGUUGGAGGGGUUCACCCAAAAACUACUCGGAGCAAAAAAGGAAGUCGUCACUUUGUACAAGAAAAUGGCCAUAAGUGAAGAGAUGCGCCACCCGCUCUCCUGGUCCGACCCCAGCUUUUCCCUCGACCCUUUUGACCUCGUCGUGUUCCCCGGAGGCCACGAGAAAAGUGUUAGACAAAUCAUCGAGUCCCCCAUCGUACACAAACUCGUACUAGAUUACUUCCCCAAGACAAAGAAGCCGAGUAAGAAAGUGAUAGGCGCUGUGUGUCAUGGUGUGAUGGUCUUGUCCGAGUCGAAAGAUGCCAAUGGGAUAAGUGUCAUUCGCGAUUGUAACACUACAUCGCUGCCUGCGAAAUUCGAGCAGGCGGCGUAUUGGGGAACACGGGCGGUGCUCGGUGAUUAUUACAAGACAUUUGGCGCACAAAGCGAAAAUACUGAGGACUCGGUCAGAAAGGUUCUUGCCGACCCAUCUCAAUUCAAGGCCAGUCUAAACCCAGGCCCUUUCACUGUCGAGGACGAGCAGUACAAUUACAUCAGUGCUCGAUAUCCCGGCGAUGCGGAGUUAUUCGCCGAAGAGAUUAUCAAGCUCUUCGAGAGCUUCCACAAGAUUGUCUAAAUUCUUUCCACAUAUGGUUGGUCUAUAUGCGCAUAGAUCUACCGGUUUGCAAAUUGUUGAUACCCUCACGGCGAAUCUGGAUUACGAAAGAAUGA